CAAAUAGGAAGACUGAGAGUCUGGCUGGCUGCCGCCUGGAGACUCCAGCAGAAGGUCCGUCUGUCCCGGCACAAAGAGGCCUAGAAGAGGCAGGGUCCUGGAAAGAGGAUCCCCAAGGGCUGAGGACAUGGGUCUGGCCUGGCCCCCAGCUGGGGAGGAACACAAGAUUCUAAAGCAGUGAGGAGCCCAGACCCUACCCAGACCUGGACCCACCUGAGCCAGCCUCCUGCUCUUCCAGAGCUGACUCCAGAGAUGGCUCUGACCCGGGGGCUGCUCCCGCUCGCCCUGCUGGUGCUCUGCUGGGGGCCCUGCGUGGCAGGGGCCCAAGGGACCUUCCCCCUGCAGACCCUGCGCUGCCAUAACGACUACACCAGCCGCAUUGUCUGCAGGUGGGCGGACACCCAGGACGCCCAGCGGCUGGUCAACGUGACCCUCCACCGCAGGCUGAACAGGGGCCUUCCACAGCCAGUGUCCUGCGAUCUCAGUGAUGGCAUGCCCUGGUUCGAUGGCCAUUGUCCCGGCUGUGUGCCCAGAAUAUGUGUCAUUCCCUACGAAGUUUUUGUCAUUGCUGACCAUGACUACUUCUCAUUCCGACCGGACCAGCCUCUGGGCACCCAGCUCACCGUUACUCUGAGUCAGCAUGUGCAGCCCCCCUCACCCAAGGACCUCAACAUCCGUGCUGCUGGGGACGGUUUCCUGCUGUCCUGGAGUGUGGCCCAUGGGGGUUCCCAGAGCCACUGGCUGUCCAGCCUGGAGUUUGAGGUGGUCUACAGGCGGCUUCAGGACUCCUGGGAGGACGCGCCCACCAUCUACUCCAGCUCCUCCCGGGCCAUCCUGGGGCCAGAGCACCUCAUGCCCAGCAGCACCUAUGUGGCCCGAGUGCGCACCAGGCUGGCCCCGGGCUCGGGGCUCUCGGGACGGCCCAGUCAGUGGAGCACGGAGGUUCGCUGGGCCUCCCAACCAGGGAAUGAGUCCCAGCCCCAGAACCUCCAGUGUUUCUUCAACGGGGCUGCCCUGCUCAGCUGCUCCUGGGAAGUGAGGUCCGAGGUGGCCAGCUCGGUCUUCUUCACUCUCUUCUACAAGUCCAGCCCCAGUGCAAGGGAGGAAGAAUGUUCCCCAGUGCGGACGGAGGAGACCAGCAGCCCUUACGUACGGCACCGCUGCCAGAUUCCCGUGCCUGAGCCCAGGGACCACAGCCAGUACCUCGUCUCUGUUCGACCAAAGGAGGAAGAGAAACUUAUAAAGAGCUCAGAUAACAUCCAGAUGGCUCCUCCAACCCUCAACAUGACCAAGGGCAGAGAUGGCUACAUCCUGCACUGGAAAGAAGGAAAAAUGAACUAUGAACACAUAGCUUGCAUCUUCCAGGUCCAGUACAAGAAAGAAGCUGCCUCAUGGGAGGAGACCAAGACAGAGGACUUCCAGAACGCCCACAGCAUGUGCCUGCCACCUCUGGAGUCUGCCACCAAGUAUCAGGCCAGAGUGAGAGUCAAACCUGACCCCCGAGGCUACAACGGGAUCUGGAGCGAGUGGAGUGAGGAGAGCUCCUGGGACACUGAGUGGGUGCUGUCCAUGUGGGUCCUGGCGCUCAUCCUGGUCAUCAGCACCUUGAUCCUGCUCGUGUCCCUGCGCUUCUGUGGAGUCUACUGGUACAGGCUGAACCAGAAGUGGGAGGAGAAAAUCCCCAGCCCCAGCAAGAGCCACCUGUUCCAGAACGGGCGCGCCGGGCUCCGGCUCCCACACAGCGUGCGCGUCGUCGGCAGCGGGAGCCUCGCACACAGCGGGCCCUGGGGCGGCAGCCGCCCUCAGCCGGAGGGGGCGUCCCCUGUAGACUUCGGGCACAGUGAGGUGUCACCUCUCACCACAGAGGACCCUAAAGAUGCCUGUGACUCAUCACCUGAGCCUGACAUGACUCUGGUCGCCUCGGACCUCCCCACGGAGCAGCCGCCCCGGCCCCCGCCAGAGCUGGCCACCCCCUCGAGCCGGCCUGAGAGCCAGGCUUCCGGCUUUGAUUUCAAUGGCCCCUACCUGGGGCCGCCCCACAGCCACUCCCUGCCUGACAUCGUGGGCCAGCAGGGACCCCUACAGACAGGCACGAGCAGGAAGUCGCAGCCCCCAGAGUCCCCGAAGUACCUGUUUCUGCCCGCAGGGGGGCAGGUGCAGCUGGUCCCACUGGCUCAGGUGAUGGGGCCGGGCAAAGCCAGGGAUGCGGACCUGAGGUCCAGCCCAGGCACCGAGGGGAGCCCUUCCCUGGAGUCAGGGGCAGGCCCUGCCCCUCCUGAGCCUGGCGUGAUGGUGGGUGGUCAAGGCCCGAAGGACAGGGCCCCCCCAGGUCUGCCCACUGGCUCUCGGGGUCCUGAGGAAGGCACUGUGGCCACUGGUUACGUCACCACUGCAGAUCUGACAUUCACCCCACCCACAGGGGCCCCGUCUCCUUCUCAGGCUCCCCCUCUGGGCCUCCCCUCAGACCAGAACCCCAGCCUCUGUCCUGGACUGGCCGCUGGUCCCCCUGGAUCCCUAGCCCCACUGAAGCCAGAGUUUGAAGGCUAUGUGGAGCUCCCUCCAACCACAGGCCAAUUUCCCCAGUCCCCUCUGGCCAGCCCUGCCCCUCCUGCAGCCAGCAGUGCUGUCCUGAGCCCAGGGCCGCCCCGGGCAGAUGUGUUCUCAGUCUCCCCAACCCCCGAGGGGCUCCUCGUCCUGCAGCAAGUGGGUGACUACUGUUUCCUCCCUGGUCCAGGGUCUGGCCCUCUCUCACCCCAGAGUAAGCCCACUUCCCCAGGACCCUGUCCUGAGAUCAGGGACCUCAACCAGGUGUUCCAGGCCAAGAAGCCCCCAUCUCAGGCCAUUCCCCAGGUGCCGGCCAUUCAGCUCUUCAAAGCCCUGAAGCAGCAAGAUUACUUGUCACUACCCCCUUGGGAUGUCAGCAGGCCUGGGGAGGUGCGCUGAGACCCUGUAGACGUUGAGGGAGGGGAAUAGAAGGAGAGGGUCUGCCUUUCCUCUGGCCCUGCCUUUCCCUCCUGCCAGCCCCUGGUCCCUUCCAUGGUCCUUUCCGCAAAGCCAAAAAGAAGUUUCCAUGUUGUAACAUGGAGACCAGAAAAACAAGUCAACCAUCUACCUCCUCCCUUGACCUUCAGCAAGGUCAAGCUCCUCUUUCUCUCCCUCCCUCUCUGCCACACGCGCGCGCGCGCACACACACACACUGUUCUUUCAAAUUCACUUCUUUUAGGUUCUGAAUUAUUAGAGCUUUAUACACAUACUCAUUUCAUUUGCCCCCGUUUUCCUUUUUUCCCAGUUUCCCUGCUUUUCCUAUUGUCUUCUCUUUCCACUGAUUUAUCAUUAGAGUGAGUUUGAGGUCUGGGCUAAGCGUAUUCUGAGAUGCCAUGUCUCAGUCAGAGCCUAUUCAGAUGCUGACAUAUCUGGUUUCAUGGAGGACUUCUGUCUGUCCCUGGCAGGCAUGAAUGCACACGACAAGAUUCCAGCCCGGGGACUUCCCUGGCGGUCCAGUGAUUAAGACUCCGCCCUUCCAAUGCAGGGGGCACAGGUUUGAUCCCUGCUCAGGGAACAAAGAUCCCACAUGUCACACCCUGUGGUGUGGCCCAGUGCGGGGAGGGGAAGAGAUUCCAGCCCUGAGGCAGGAGGCAGAAGGUAUGGGGUGAGGGCUUGGGGGUUUCAGGCUUGGAAGAGCAGCUCUGGACUCAGCAUGCUUCUGUCGGGCGCUGCAGGCCCAGACAUGGUAGCAAAGCACCAACCUCCAUUGUCACUCCAAGAAAUGGGCAUGGCGUGAGAAGCACUGUUCUGAGCGCCCAAGGAGCCCUGCUAGUCUCACGGAGGUGACUGGGGAGCCUCAGGGACCCCAGGCCCUGCAUCUUGUAGAGGCCACUGACCUGAGCAGUGGGCAGUGCCAGCUCCUGGUUGAAGUGAUCUCCUUCCUACAUCCAGGCUGGUGGGGCCUGGAGAAAUUCAGGAGGGGAGGGGAGUCCAGAACCCACGUCGACUGCAGAAAAGUUGGAAAGAACUGCUCAACAAGGGAAAAAGGAAAAUGACCCAAAGGCAUGUACUCUUGGGCUUAUAGUCCAAAUCUUGCAGCUGCCCUCCCUCCAGAAAGACCUUACAAAUCCCAUGCCCACCAGCCACGUACGAGGGGCUUUUGGUCUAUGGCUUGGCUUACGCUGGGGAUCAUGGUCCUUUGAAAUUCAAAUUUCAUAAAUCUUUGCCUUUCUGAUAUGCAAAAAAAAAUGGCAUUAAAUUGUUUUAAUUUGCAUUAUUUGAGAACUAGCAAGUUUGCACAUAUUUUCAUAUUUCUUGGGUGUUUGUAUUUUUUUUUACUGAUCUAAGCCCGUUAAGAUCUUUGUUGUGUUGGAUAUCCCCUUUUUUCUAAUUAAGCUUUAAAAACUAUUUAGCUCCUGCCUUUCAUAGAUGGUGUAAAUUUGUUUUCCUCAUUUGUGGUUUGUCUCUUAAUUUUGUACAUGACGCUUUUGGGUGUAUUCAAUGUAGACUUGUCUGGGUGAUCAGAUAGAUCUACGGGUGAACUUCUUCACGCUUCCACUUUGGGUGUCAAAUUGACAAAGCCCUUCCCCACUUCAAAAUUGCAUUUGUCCGAACCACACUCCAAGUUUGGGAAGAUUGUCGAUCGAAUUGACAGUGAUGGGGAUGGCUUUGUCACCACCGAGGAGCUGAAAACCUGGAUCAAACGGGUGCAGAAAAGGUGCAUCUACGAUAAUGUCGCCAAAGUCUGGAAAGAUUAUGAUCGGGACAAAGACGAUAAAAUUUCCUGGGAAGGAUACAAACAAGCCACCUACGGUUACUACCUAGGAAACCCCACAGAGUUUCAUGAUACUUCAGAUCAUCACACCUUUAAAAAAAUGCUGCCACAUGAUGAGAGAAGGUUCAAGGCUGCAGACCUCGAUGGUGACCAGACAGCCACCCGGGAGGAGUUCACCGCCUUUCUGCACCCUGAGGAGUUUGAGCAUAUGAAGGAAAUUGUGGUUUUGGAAACUCUGGAGGACAUCGACAAGAAUGGGGAUGGCUUUGUGGAUCAGGAUGAGUAUAUUGCUGAUAUGUUUUCCCACGAGGAGACUGGCCCUGAGCCAGACUGGGUGCUGUCAGAACGGGAGCAGUUUAAUGAAUUCCGAGAUCUGAACAAGGACGGGAAGCUGGACAAAGAUGAGAUUCGCCACUGAAUCCUCCCGCAAGACGAUGACCACGCACAGGCUGAGGGCAGGCACCUGGUGUAUGAGUUGGACAAAAACAAGGAUGAAAAGCUCACUAAAGAGGAGAUCUUGGACAACUGGAACAUGUUUGUUGGAAGUCAGGCUACUAAUUAUGGGGAAGAUCUCACCAAAAACCAUGAUGAGCUUUGAUGCACAUUCACCAUAAUAUGACAGACUGUCAUAGGCUUUCGUUUAUUGUCCUGGAUAAUUGUUACAACUGUCUCAUUUACAGCAGUUGUGUCCCCCCAAAAAGCAAGUUUAUCACCUCAGAUUGGGGUUAAAAUUAUUUUUUACUCAAUAUUUGCUGGAAAAUAGUCAUCACUGAUCUUUGAGUAAGGUUUCUGUCCAAACACAUUAAAAUCUUGGUAAAUUGCAAUGCUCUAUGGGGAUACAUUGCUAAAACAUGACUUUUUAGCUUUUUCCAUGAAAUUUGAACUGAAGGGGAAUAAAAUUUGAAAAAGCCCUAUUAUUCAGAAGUUGGGUGAGCGGGGAGAGGGCAGUAUAUGGAGUGACUGCUAUGUAUUUUAACUGCAGAGUUUUUACAUUUGCCACUGUUAAGUAAUUGGUGAGGGAAAAUUCUGAUUAAGCUUCAGUGGUAUCUCUUCCUACACAGGCUUCUUUCAGAGCAAGGCUGAUAUUUCAGAUUCUCCUUCUUGACUUUGUACUCUGAGCUGUUACUGUAAAUGGCAUAUAAACUUCUGCGCAUUCUUCUAUAUGGACCUGCUAAUGAGCACAACAGAUCCACCCAUCUUUGUUUUUUGUUUUUUGUCUUUGUUUUUUACAAUAAGAAGAAGUUAAGAAAGUUUAUGUGAAAAAGAAAGGAAUUUUAAAGGUAGGGAGAAAAGAUGAAUGUCAGGCAUUUGAAGAACUAUAGGAAAAUGGUAAACACUUUACCAUACUUGAGAAAUUUUUCUUGACAUGUAAAUGAAGCAGAUCUGAUCUUUGAAAAAGUGAAUAGAAAUCCAAUCCAUUUCCUUGCUGAUCUCUGAUAGGAAUAGGGAGUAGGGUCCUAGGAAAGCCUGCUUAGUGGAGCUCUGGAACCCAUCUCAUCCAGUCCCGGUGAAUCCACACCCCUCGGACCUGCCCCAGGACCACUUACACCAUGUAAUUGACAAAGCAGUGUUCCAAGCCACUGGCUGAACUGGAAGAAAUAACUUUUACAGGUUGAACUUCCACCUUAUAAGGAGAAAGUGAAUGAAAUAAAGGAUCCCUCUGAGGAAAAAAAAAAAAAAAA